AUGGCGGUAGAAGACAGUAGCUCUGGCUUGAAUGCAGGCAUUGGAUUGGAUACCAGCUCUGCACCAGCAGCUGAUCGAGUCAUUCCAACAGUGGAUCAACAUCAUCCACUAUUUCUACAACCUUGUGACACUCAAGGUAGCUCUUUAAUCUCGAUCAAACUCACUGGUCCCGAAAACUAUGCUCUAUGGAGCAGCUCUAUGCAAAUUAGUUUACUCGGAAAAAGUAAAUUAGGAUUUGUUGAUGGUAGAUAUCCUAAGUCAAAAUUUGAUCCAUCACUGCAUGACUUAUGGGAGAAAUGCAAUGCAAUAGUACUCUCCUGGAUAAUGAAUUAUAUAGCCAGUUUGUCUCAAGGAAUCUCCUAUGUGUCCAGCUAUUUCUCAAAGUUGAAGGAGCUUUGGGCAGAAUUUGAUGCCUUAAUGCCUUGUCCUAGGUGUGGUUGUGAGGAGUCGAAAAAAUAUGCUGAACACUUUGAAUCUCAUAGACUUUUGCAGUUUCUUAUGGGACUAAAUGAGUCAUAUGCCCAGUCCAGUAAUCAGAUUAUGAUAAUGUCCCCCACUCCUACCAUAAACAAAGCCUAUGCUAUGAUUAUCUCUGCGGAGAGUAGACGAUCAUUAACAACCUCUACACAUACUGUUGACAAUCAAGAGAAAACUUUGUUCAGUAGUGGCAACAAUGGAGCUUACAACCUUUGCAACAUAGCCUUGUUCAACAGUAAAGGAGGUUCUAACUCAAUGAACAACUUUAGGACAAGAAAGAACACUUUGUACUGUGACUAUUGUAAUUUCAAAGGCCACACCAGAGAGACUUGCUACAAGCUACAUGGUUAUCCACCAGACUUCAAGUCAAAGAAGAAGUACAACCCUGCAGGGAACUUUGCAAAAGACAGAAACACCUCAACUACUGGAGAGUCAUCUUAUAGUCAGAAUCAGAGUAACUCAGUGGGAGUGCCUCACUUCACACCAGAACAAUACUCACAAAUUCUGCAGCUCCUAGGAAAAGGAAGUGAAAGCAAUGAAGCAACUAUGGCAGCAUGUAUGGACAAUGAUCUACAAAUUGGCAAGGUGAAGGGGAUUAGUAAGGAAGAUAUUGGACUAUAUGUGCUCACUUCUAACAGUAGACUGCAAUCUGUGAACAGUUUAGGAAAGGACAUUUCAACAUCACUUGUUGUAAAUACAAUAAAGGAGAAGGAUGGUAGAAUAAAUGUAGCCUUGUGGCAUAAAAGAUUAGGCCAUGUGCCAAUUGAUGUUCUAAAGAAAUUAUCUAUGUUUCAAACUAUUGAUAGUGCAAAUUCUGAUAAACAUUGUACAAUAGGCCCUUUGGCUAAACAAACAAGGCUACAAUUUCCUUUGAGUACUACUAUUUCUACUAGUUGCUUUCAUACAGUUCAUGGUGAUGUUUGGGGGCCAUAUAGAGUGCCUACUCAUGAUGGAAAAAAGAUGACAGACCUACUACAGAAUCUGGGCAUAGUUUAUCAGAGUUCCUGCACCUACACUCCACAGCUACCUAUCAGCUCAGCUCUCAAAGAUAAAUCUAAGACUCCUUUUGAAAUAUUGCAUGGUAAACCUCCCAGCUUAGAUUAUCUAAAGGUGUUUGGGUGCCUAGGUUAUGUUACUGAUCUGAGGAAGGCAGAUAAAUUCUCUCCUAGGGCAGCCCCUGUUGUGUUUCUUGGCUACUCUAUGACACAGAAGGGGUAUAAGAUGUAUACUAUUCACUCCAGGAGCUUUUUAGUCAAUAGAGAUGUGGUGUUCAAGGAAGAUGUUUUUCCUUUUCAAUACCUGGACACUCCAGUUACAUCCUUGUUUCAUGUGCUAGACCUUUCUACUCUUCCUAGUCCAGAGUACAUGCCAGAUAUCCCUAAUUCAACUACAUCUCCUACCAUAGCAACCAAUGAAGAAAUUAUUGCACCCUCAGAUAUGCAUGUCCCUUCUGAUGGAAGUUCACCAGUUGAUUUUAUGGAUGCAAUGCCCAAUGGAACUGUGCACAAUGCUCCCACACAGCCUGCACCAGACACAGAAAGAAAGUCAGUUAGAAUCAGCAGGCUACCUCUUUGGCUGAAAGACUAUGUUACUCAAGGCAAAGAGAGUGUCAAUUGUUGCUACCCUAUGUCCAACUAUGUGAGCUAUGACCAUAUCUCUGCUUUAUUCAAUACUUCCCUAACUGCUUACUCUUUUAUUGAGGAACCUAAAACCUAUCGUGAAGCAGUCAAAAAUCCCAACUGGAUUGCAGCUAUGAAAUCUGAGAUUGCAGCCUUAGAGAAAAAUAAGACAUGGAGUAUUGUUGAUCUACCUGCUGGCAAGGUUCCAAUUGGCUGUAAAUGGGUGUUCAAGGUCAAGUGCACAACCUCAGGAGCAGUAGAGAGAUACAAAGCUAGACUUAUGGCUAAGGGGUACAAUCAACAAGAAGGCCUAGAUUACACUGAAAUAUUUUCACCUGUGGCAAAAAUGGUGACUGUUAGGUCUGUGGUUGCUGUUGCUACUGCUAAACACUGGCCUAUAUUUUAA